AUGUUCGUCUCGAAAGCAAAAAACAAACGAGCUGCACCAAGUUCACCUCCAGUAGAACCGGUAAUCAAUAUUGUAAAUGGUCUUUUUGAAUGCUAUAAUUUUCUCUCGCCAAAUGAAUAUUCAGAAAAAACAUUGGGUUUACUUGCUUUUCUCCUACGAAAAUCAGUAGGAGAAAUAAAUUUUUCAGAUAUCAUUGAUGAAGCUGAAAAACGCUAUCAACACAAACAACCAAAUGAUUAUGUGACAUUGCUAGAAGAUAGAAGAAAGAAUCUGGUUGAAAUUGAAGCAUCGAUUGAAAAAUGUUUAAUAAUCACUCGAUUAAUAUCAUACAUAAAGGAAAAUGAAUCUCAAUUUCUGUCGCUGAUAUCUGAUCUUCGAAUCGAGAUGCAAAUGAGAAUUACAGAUAAACCCAUCAGUAAAAAUAUUGAAUAUCCAGAAGAUUUCCGCCUACGAGAACAACAUUUUCUACGACGAAGAAUGGCUCAAGAUAUGAGAUAUGAUCCACAAUUUCACGAAGCUGGCCUAAAAGAAUUAGAAACGCUAUUCUCCACUUCAUUUAUGAUUCUUAAUCAUCCUCAUUGUGGCGUAAAUCCAGUUUUAAUCUAUGAACCUCGAGGAACUGGUCAGUGUACAGCUAAAUUAUCCGUUACAAUUGUUUCAUUAUUAUAUGAUUUUAUGCAAUCACAUCCGAAUUUAAUUGAACUUUACGAUAUUGAAACAAGUUUAUUUUCAUUAUCUCCCACUUAUAAACUUGAAGCCUCAACGAUUUCAUGGAAAACUUGUCGCUUACAAAUCGACCCGAAUGAUAAACCUCGAACGAUACAAUAUGCUGAAUUAUCACUUCUUACGAUUCAAUAUGCAACAAAUAAAAAUACGCGUAUUCACUUAGGUGACGAAUUGCACAGACUUAAAUUCUCCAUUAAACUUCGUCUGAAUCUUCAACAAUUUAAUUUUUCAAGAUGUUAUCAAACUCCAUUAGAAACAUUAGACUUUGGCAUUGUUUCUCAUAAUAGUUAUAUUCCACACUCACUAACAAGAGUUAUUCUGAGUGAUAUACGACGUCAUACGCAUCAUCCAACAAUUGAUGUUCCACAGCUAUUAAAAUAUAUAUUACGGUUUUUCUGCCAUCGAACAGGAGUGCCACAUGGUUCAUGUCUUAAGAGUUAUCUUGAAAAAGAAUUAUACAAAGCUAAGAAUGAAAGAAAAAAUUUUCAAGCAAUGGAAGAUAUUUACAUGGAUUUUCUUGUACCCUUUGUUAAGCAAGUAGAAUUUAUGGCUAAACAUCCAAUACUUGCAAUGUUUUAUGCCGAUCGUCUUUGUCUUGGUAUUUGUGACAGUGAACGAGCAGCUGAUAUAAUGAGAAAAUCAGCUGAUGAUAAUUCACCAAUAAUUGGUCUACGUUUAAAUUCUAUUAAAGUCGAUUAUAAAACGAAUUCAUCAGCAGCAGCUACAUCUAAAACAGUAAAAACAUCUCCGUGCGCUGUUCGGGUUGAUAUUUACAAUAAUACAAAAAAGCAUCUACAAUAUCAUACAUUUGAUAGUUCGAUACUAGUCAUGGAUAUAAAGAAAUUCAUAAGUACGGUUCAUACAAAAAACUGUAGUCAUAUACGAAUAUUGUCCAAUCUCGACGAUCAAGCAAACGCUAAAAAUUAUAAAUCAUUCAAAGAUUUUGAAAAAUACUUUCACGAACGAUUAAAUAAAAUUUAUACCACAAAUGAAGGCUAUAGACCUAUAACAAAUCUCCUUCAGAAUAUUGAAGACGAUGACGACGAUGAAGAAAAUCAUCAAGAAACUAGCAGUCCAAAUGCGGAUCUAUCUGAAAUAUUUCAAGAAAAUCCUUGCCCCUCUCAAUCAAUGAACAAUGAAGAUAUUAUCCAAUACGUUCUUAAUCAUCCUGACAUGCUUGUAGAGCUGUCAGCUCGAUUAGGAACUCUUCAAGUUGCAUCACCAAUGCAGUACCAAUCGCAACUAUAUAAUCAGCAACUGUGUCCUCAAUUAACAUAUCUUCCUGUAGCAGUCGGUCAAACGAAUAAUGUAUACCAAGAUAAAAUUUUUCCAAUCAAUAAUGGUCAAACAUCGUCUCAGCAAAAACAAUUAGUCAUUGAAGCACCAAAUAGCUAUAAAGACAUAUUCGACGACAUAAUGGUAGAAUCUAUUGCAUGCAGCAGCACCGAUCAAAUAUCGUCAACAUCAACUGCUGAUGGUUUUGAAUCACCUUUGAAUGAUCCGUUUAAUUUUGAUACAUGUAAUCAAUAA